ACACGAAACAAACUGUCAAACGAAAACGUAGCUGAAGUUCGUCACAUAUAAUUCGGAUUUUUCUGGAAUCGAAAAAUACUUUGCUAAUAGAGAGUUUUGAAACAAAUCUAUAUAAACAAUUUGUUAUUUCCUAUUAAAAGUAACGUUCGGAAAGAAUAAAUUCAAGUAGAUAUUUCGGCACAUAUCUCAAUUUAAAGAAGCUUUAAGUUUGAGGAAAACAAUCGAUUUUGCUUAACGUUGUAAUAGAAACAAAAGAAGAUGUCUGAUUGGGACACAGUUACUGUUCUGCGCAAGAAGGCGCCCAAAGGCAGUGCGGCUAAAUCGGAAACAGUGGUUAAUCAUGCCAGACGACAAGGAGUACCCGUGGAAACAACACAAAAAUAUGGUGCGGGCACCAACAAGCAACAUAUAACCACAAAAAACACUGCCAAACUGGAUCGAGAGACUGAGGAGUUAAAACAUGACAAAAUUCCAUUAGACGUUGGCAAAUUAAUAAUGCAGGGUCGUCAGUCGAAAGGUCUUAGUCAGAAGGAUUUGGCAACUAAAAUUUGUGAAAAACAACAGGUCGUCACGGAUUACGAAGCGGGCCGCGGCAUUCCUAAUAACUUAAUUUUGGGCAAGAUUGAACGUGUGAUUGGCAUAAAAUUACGUGGAAAAGAUCGCGGCCAACCGCUGCAGCCUCCCGGUAAGAAAUGAGUUGACAAUGCGGCUGCAAGUGGCAACGCUAGUAGUAACAAACCAAAAAACAACAUCCAUUAAACGCAUAUCGCAACAGCAACCAUUGUAAACGCUAAUGUAAAUGCAAAUAUGAAUGCCACUAACGUUCAUGCCAUAAACAACUGAAACGCUUACGACACCAGCGGCAAACGCAAGUAAAAUUAUCGGGAGGCUGAGAAGUUUUUUCUUCCUAACGGAAGCAACACUCGUGUCAAGGAGCAGUUUUUCAAUCUCAUAUAAUCAUACACAUACAUAAAAACACAUGUUUAUUUUUCAUUUAAUUUUUUAUUUUCAAAAUCGAAUCUAAUAUAUUCUGCUUUCAGCAGCAUCAUCAUGAGCAGCCCUUUAACACCAAUACAAACCAGAGUAGAGCAGAAUAAAUAACAAAAUGGAAACUGUAAACAUAAAAUGUUCAUACAAUUUAUAUGCAACUACACAUAAAUUUUGAGCUAACUCCACUACAUAUUAAAAAGCCCAAAUUUUUAGCAAAAUACUAAGAUUAUGAAAUGAUAAUGAAUAUUUAUAAAAACAAAAAAAAAACAAUAUAAAGAUUUUUACAUAAAACUUCAAUCAUGCUCAAAACUUAAAUGUAGUUUAUAAACUAUGCUGGAUAUUACAACUCAUCUUUAUACAUACAUACAUCCGUCGUUAAUUAUAAUAUUUCUUACUAUUACGAAGUAAUGAAAUUUAAAGCUGACCUUGAGUGAUGUUAUCAAAGAUUUUUAUUAAUAAAACGUUAUUUAAGGUCUUGAAGUGAUUUCUACGAAAUUCGGAAAAUAUGGACGUGUUAAGAUUUGUAUCCAACACACAGUGCAACCGACACAAUUUUGAAAUUUCCUUUCGGUUUAGGUGUCCACAUAAUAUGCUACCAUACUUUUAUACACUCUUAGGUACUCACUGCCGCCACAAGCCGUUUAUUAUUUGAUUGCCAGAAACUGGAUUGUGGAGAAUUAACAUAGAGUAAUUAUACUCAAUGCCAAAAUCCAACAUUCCCAAAUUGGCGAACACAAUUCUGAUAUACUCCACUGGACUGACAAGUUUACUAUUGCAGUUAUGGUACACGUAGUUAUAUCUCGCGUGCAGAAUACUAGCAACUAAUCUCACUUAGCUUAGCAUUUUGUAAAAUUCUACUGUAAUACUAUGAAGUGAUGUGCUUUUACAUAUCGUCGGUUCUAACGGUUACGUUCUUCUAAAUUAUAAUUUUUUACAUCUACUCCACUGCACUAAGGAUAUGUGGCUCCUAAUAAUAGAAUCUCAAGAUUUUCGCCCACUUAACAUUUCAACAAAUUCGUAACAUGUAAUAAUCGGUGCACUACACAGAUAUAGAUGACAACAAUAACCAAAAAUAUUAAACUUAAUUCUUCCUUAUGUAUCCAAACUAUGGUCAAUAUAAAAAUCAAUUGAUUAAAUAUAUUGUAUAUGAAUGUAGUAGUUUGUAUACCCAUAAUAAUAUACAUACGCAAUGAGCAAUAAUUACAUAAUAGAUGUUUUAUGGUUUAAAUCAAAGAAAUAAAGUAAAAUUGAAUGAGAAA